AUGCCUCAUCCUUCUGAGAGUUCUGGAGCGAUCAUUCCAACUAAGAAGAAAAAUAGAUCCACGGCUUCAAGGACGUCGUGGAUGAUUAGAAACACUAAUCUCCUGCUGCGAUCAAUCCUAGCUACCUCGCUCGAGCCCGAUGAUGUAGCCGUUUCAUCAAAACCCGGGUUUGAGACUCUAUGCAGCUACAACUGGCUGAACGAUGGUAGUGCAAUCAUCGUCCCAGGUGGUCCACCCCAAUGGAACCCCCAACCUUUGCCAAUCACUCUACCUCAAGACACAGGACGUCAAUUCGUAGAUCUGAACGCUUUUCGUAUCCCGAGAUACCCAUUUGAGCCUGCGUUCCGAGCAUUGUCAGCCAUGAAUACAGGUGCUCAGCUGGAUGAUGUUGAUAUUAUCUUGAAUCGCAACAGCCUGCGCAAAUUGCUUGACUUUGCAGCAGGUAGACGACAGGACCCUUUCCGAGUGGACCUGAAUAUGGUCAAAAACACGCUUUUCAUCAGCCGCAAGGAAAAGACUGCCCAAAGGAUGAUCCACGGCGCUGCCAAUUCCGGAUAUGGUCAUAGUUUUGAAACAGCUUUUACUAAACCCCAGACCGGAUUGAACCAGUCGAGUAGCCAUCACAGAGUCAUACGAUACAAGCUCGGUGGCCUCGAUUGCGUUGUUCGGUUCGAAGUCGAUGCGUACUACGAAGAAAAGCACACGCAAGGUCCCUCCACCGCUGCGGGGGUACUUAUCGACGACAUCGUCACGUCACUGACGAGUCUGUCUUUCGGUCAGACACAAGCAAGUGAAGCGCCUGAAGGAUCUACCCGGGUCAUAAUGAAGGGCCCCCCUGUGCGAUCAGAGAAGCUGGCUGAGCUAAAGGCUCACAAAGUUGCAAGGACUAGUCAAGCCAUGCCGCAGCUCUGGUUCGGUCGAACACACUACUUGAUCACCGGGAAACAUACUGAAGGUACCGUCCACUCAAUCAGCUGUAACAAUAUUGAGGAGAAAUUUGAAGAUUGGGAGACGACCAAUCAACAGACCCUGCGUAAGCUAGUCAGCUUGCUCAAAGAGCUGAAAGGCAUCGCGAGCACGACCAAAGAUCGGACCGCGAUAGUGUUGUGCAAAGAAAAAGGUGCGCCUUUGACAGUCUUCAGCACCAAACAAACCAUCACUGUUUUGCCGACGGAUAUCACAAGGAGACAUUGGAAGCCCAGAGUAAAGAGCAGAAGGCGACCACCCCCACAGUCCUAA